AUGGAGCAACACUAUCAUCGUCCGAGACCUUCGGGCAUGGCUGGGAAAAUUCUCGACAAGCAAGCAAGCAAAUUCAACGAACAAGAAGCUGGUUAUCUCCUAGAAUGGAUAAAGGGUUUAACCAAUGAAGAUUUCGAUACCACUGGUAGCCGGGACAACUUUCUCGAUCAACUGAGGGAUGGUCAAAAACUCUGCAAGUUGAUGAAUGCGAUCGCAGACGGUACAGUGAAAAAAAUCAUGAAACCAAUAUCAAAUUUCAAUUGUAUGGAAAAUCUGAAUCAAUUCACAACUUCGGCCAGGAAACUUGGCGUGAAAGAUGAGGAAACUUUCCAAUCAAUUGAUUUGUUCGAAGGACGCGAUCUUUUCUCCGUGUGCGUAACUCUUCAAAGCCUUGCACGCAAGGUCGAAAAAACCCACAACAUCGCUCCACCAAAACAAGUGGCGAAGGACUCAAUAAUGAAUGCGUAA